AAAAAAAAAAACAACGAUCAUCUCCUAAAACCAGUUUGAAGAAAAACCACAAUCAUCCUUCAAUGGAAUCAGGAGACCAGGCAGGAGAGACUUCUGGUUUUGGAUGGGAUCCCAUCACAAAACAAUUCACAGCUCCAGAUGAUGUGUGGGCAGCCUAUUUGAUGGGGCAUCCAAAUCAUCAUCACAUGCGGACCAGCACUUUCGAAGAUUUCGAGGAUUUGCAACUGAUUUUCGAAAGUGCUAUAGCAAAGGGAAACAACGCGUUUGGAGUUGGUGGUGAUUCAAAUGCUGAAACUUUUGAAGAAGAAGAAGAUCUUCAAGCAAGGGAUGAUGUGAACCAUAUGGAGAUUAAUGACGAGGUAAAUGAAACACUUCCUAAAGAAAAGCUGCCUACUAGGAAAAGAUCUAAAACCAAUCGUAAUGGAGAUGCAUCAGAUUCAAUUAAUAAUGGUGAGUCUUCAGAGAAGGUGCUAUCUGAAAUGAUUGGAGUUGGCACUAACAUCAUAAAUCUUAUUCAACAAAGAGAAGAAAGACAUCAAAGAGAAGUAGAGUUUAGAGAAACUCAGAAAGAAAAGAACAAUGUUUGGAAUGCUAUCAAGGAGAUCCCGGAUCUGGAAGAUCAUAUCCGCUUCGAUGCAGUGACCAAGAUCCACGCGUUGAAUUUGAAAGACGUAUUUCUCUUGAUGGAUGAUGAUAUACAUGAAGAGGUAGAAGACACAAGUAUGAAUAUUGAGAGAAUAGAAGAUGAUGAUAUUGAUACGAGCAUCUCUUUAGUGGUGGUAAUGAUGACGGUGGCAGCUCAUAUUCAUAACACACGACGACAUCUCAUGGGUGUUGAUUAUAUUGAACGUCCGAUUCGUCGAUCAGUUACAAAGCUCGGAGCACAAUAUAUGCAAAAGAAUUGUGUUGGAGCAAUAGAUGGUACACAUAUACCAGCAACAGUAGUUGGACGUGAGACGUCAAGCUAUCGUAAUCGAAAAGGAACAAUAUCUCAAAAUGUUUUAGCUGUAUGUAACUUUGAUCUGGAGUUUAUCUAUGUUCUAAGUGGAUGGGAGGGUUCGGCUCACGAUUCAAGAGUGCUAAGUGAUGCAUUAACUAGAAGAACAAACAAUUUCCAAGUACCAGAAGGAAAAUUCUAUCUAGUUGAUUGUGGAUUUGCAAAUCGUCUCAAUUUCUUAGCUCCAUUCCGUGGUGUUAGAUAUCAUCUUCAGGAAUUUGCUGGUCAAGGGCGCGAUCCUGAAACUCCACAUGAGUUAUUCAAUCUCCGCCAUGCUUCUUUGAGAAACGUGAUCGAAAGGAUAUUUGGAAUCUUUAAAUCUCGGUUUGCUAUUUUUAAAUCUGCUCCUCCUUUUUCUUACACAAAACAAGCUGGAUUAGUCUUAGCAUGUGCAGCGUUGCAUAACUUUCUUCGUAGAGAAUGUCGAUCAGAUGAAGCGGACUUCCCUGAUGAAGUUGAAAAUGAAGGUGAUGCAGUUAACAAUGAAGGUAAUGCAAUGAACACCAAUGAAAUUGAUAGUGAGGAACCUCCCGAGACACAAGAACAAGACAGAGAAAACGCAAAUAUGUGGAGAAAAUCUAUGGCUGAAGACAUGUGGAAAGAUGCCACGAAUUUGGAAAUUCAUUGAUAGAUGAUUUUUUUAGUUUUCAAGUUUUGCAUUUAAUAAAAUUUUGUUACAAUA